UUGUGUACACACGGAACGGAACAAAAGUGCGGCUGUGUUGGUGCGCCAGUAAAAGGCAAUCAGUCAGUUUGCUAAAUAAAAAAAAAAGGUUGCUGCAAGAAAGACCAGCUGGGGUGGAACGCAAAUUCGACGGAAGUUUUGUUUUCUCUUUACCGCUUUACGGUGAACAGCAGCAAAAGCAAUCCUCCUCAAGUUACGGUUCCGUUUGGCGCUUCGGAUUGGGCGAGAAAGCCAUCAUCGUCCGCAGAAUCGGUAAAACGGGUUGUUGGUAGAAAUUGCGUGUCUCCCCAGCGCGCACACACAAGCACAACGUCAGAUGAUAAUGAGCUCUGUGUGCCUUCCAGCAGCACCAGCACCACCACCACAUUAGUCGUUGGACAAAACAACACAGGUUCAGUGCCGAAUUCUAUACCACGCGCGAAGGACGACCGCUUUUUUCGGUGAACUGUUGGUAAGCCAGUCUAGCGUGUGCCGCGGACCGGGUCUACCUUUCACGGGUGAGGCUGCCAGUGUGUUCUGCUCGACCAAACAACAUCUCCAUCCGUGUCGAACAUUGAUGCUGCGCGUGUGUGCGGUUUAGGAUAGGGCUGCCAGUGAGCUAGCCAGCCAGCCAGCCAGCCACCCUACCAGUGUCGUGCAAACCGCCCCUGCAACUGUAGUGAACCACGGCUUUUCCCCCCUCCCAGCGCGAACGAGUGAAAAGUAGGAAAAACGAACUUCUCCACCCUUUGUCCAAACCCAUUUAGUGCAAGUGUGCGUGGUUGUGUUCGAUGGUUUCACCCGUCGGAUAACAAAGAACAGCAUCGGUCAAAUGACCUCCGAAGGAACGCUUGUGGAUCUGGAUUUCGGAGACACAAGCACGACGAAUCCCGCCAGUGCCAUCGUAACAUCAAACGGACACACAGCAGCAGCAGCAGCAGAAGCGCAACCACCGACGACCACACACACACUCCCCGGGACGGUGAAUCAUCUAGCGUUCGUUUCCGGUGCCACCGGUGGACACCCGCAAAAGCAACUACCGCCACCAGCGUCGCAGCCGCUAGCAGCGGGCCACGGUGAGCGAGGCGUGAACGAUGCAAUCAUAAGCGACCUACUGCUGCCGUGCUCCACCUCCUCCUCUGCAGCCGAUAAGCAGAGCGUGAACAACCAUCACCACCACCACCACUACGACCACCAAGGUUCGUCGCGGCUGUCCGCAACCUCAGCCGCGACCGUGGCCGCCACCAUCGCCGUAGUGGACACCGGCGACGGUACGCCGCUCGUCCUGCCGGACGUUAGCUUCGAAGGCAUCACGCUGGAUUCCGGCAUCGAUCGAGAGUCGCAGCCCCUGCUGGGGUCGCGCGAUCAUGAGAUUACGUACAAUCAGUUUCCCGAUGAUCCUCACUUCAGUGACCUAGUGUACUCGGCAGAAAUAGCGAUCGAUGCUGGCAUCUAUCCGGAACGUAUCUACCAAGGCAGCAGUGGGUCCUACUUUGUGAAAAAUCCCGCCAAAAAAGUAAUUGCCGUUUUUAAACCAAAAGAUGAGGAACCGUACGGAAGGUUAAAUCCCAAGUGGACCAAAUGGAUGCACAAGCUGUGCUGUCCGUGCUGUUUUGGACGCGCCUGUCUGAUACCGAACCAAGGGUAUCUCUCGGAGGCCGGAGCUAGUCUAGUGGACCAAAAACUAAAUCUAAACAUCGUACCGAAGACGCGCGUCGUGCGCCUCGUGUCGGAAACGUUCAAUUACCCGCGCAUCGACCGGCAGAAGGCACGGAUCAAGAAGACGAUCAAGGAGCGCAUUCCGGCCGCUCGGUUCAACCGCAUGUCGCUCCCGCCGAAGACCGGCUCGUUUCAGCUGUUCGUCGACGGGUACAAGGAUGCCGACUACUGGUUGCGCCGGUUCGAGCAGGAGCCGCUGCCGACGCGGCUCGGUCAAAAGUUUCAGCUACAGUUCGAGCGGCUGGUCGUGCUCGAUUACAUCAUCCGCAACACGGACCGGGGCAACGACAACUGGCUGAUCAAGUACGAUCAACCGUCGAUCCUGCCGACCAGCCCGACGGCGGCCACGACACCGAACGGCGUGAACGGCAUCGCGGCGGCCAACGGCAACGGGUACAUCCCGCGCAGCAGCAGCCGGCUCGAGAUGAUGGAACACACCGACUGGAAUCUGGUGCAGCUGCCCGAAAUUCGGAUCGCCGCCAUCGACAACGGGCUCGCGUUCCCGUUCAAGCAUCCCGACUCGUGGCGCGCCUACCCGUACCAUUGGGCGUGGCUGCCGCAGGCGAAGCAACCGUUCAGCCAGGACAUCAAGGAUCUGGUGCUGCCGUCGCUGUCCGAUCCGCACUUCUGCGAGGAGCUGUGCAACGAGCUGUACGAGCUGUUCAAGCAGGACAAGGGCUUCGACCGGGGCCUGUUCGAGCGGCAGAUGUCUGUGAUGCGCGGUCAGAUGCUGAAUCUAACGCAAGCUUUAAAGGACGGCAAGAGCCCGGUCCAGCUGGUCCAGAUGCCGGCCGUCAUCGUCGAGAGAUCGAAAGUUAAUCCGGGAUCGUCGAGAUUUUUCUCAUUCCAGCAGCGCUUCCAAAACAAGAGUCCAUUCUUCUCUUGGUCCCUCUUCUGUGAGCUCCCACGCUGCCACCACCCUGCUGACCUGCAUUUGAAUGAAGUUUUCUCUCUCGCCCCUCGGUUUUCCCCCAACCAACGCUGGUCGAUUUUGAGUCGAACCGCCGCCGGUUUUGGAGAGUCCAUUCGCGGGACGGUUUUAUUUCGGCAUUCAGUUUCGCUCCCUGGUUCGGUUCGGUUCGGUUCUUGUGCCGCUGCUCCUUGCUGUUGGCGGUGUUGUGGCGUGCCCCAGUGGGCUCUUCGAUUUUUGGAUCGCUCGCGUUUUAUUAAAGUGUGCUUAGUCGCGGAGCAGGAUCCAUGUGCAGCGGGUUGCACUGUCUACUGCGAUGAGGCUGCCGUACCAUUAGCAGCGCCCCAAAUUCCCUGCUGCGCACCAACCGGUGGAGAAAUUCCGGACACAGCGUGCCUCGAUCCGUCCUACCCGUGUUGUGCCGAGCCCUGUGCGCAGCCCGCCAUCGUCGUCGACGAUUGUUCCGUUCCCGCGGCUGACCGCUGCCCGGCCGAGAUGCCACAGUGCUGUAACUGUGCCUGCGGUAGGCCGGGAUGUGUGCCCAUGAAGCGUGUGCGCUACGUCCAGCCACCGAAACGGGAGUCCUGCAAGCCGAUCGUAACGUACAAAGCGCCCGAGGUGGAGUUCGGUGGCGAUUCGACCUACAAAACGUCCUUCAAUGCCGAUCCCCAGCUGGUCGUCAAUGCUCGCCCGCUACCGAUCAAGCCCCAGAGUCAUCUAGUGCCACAUUCGGGCAGUCUGGAGAAAACCACCGUCACAGCGCUCUCCUACCCUGGUUACAACAAUGUAGAUCGAGCGCAACCGAUAGUUCCUACCGGCAAUCAGCUGAUACAGCCGGGACCGCUGCAGGAGGUGACGACCAGCCGGCAUGAUUACGUGGCCAAAACGACACCAAAGCGGUACAAAAUCGUCCCGCCGGGGCACAUGCACGUGCACAGCGCACCGUUCGAAAAGCAGACGAUGAACAAGCUGUCCUACAGCUGCCCGAACAUGGCCAGCUUCGAGCCGGCCCGCUCCUGCAAACCGAUGCGCGAGUACGAGCGUCCCGAGAUCCCAAUGCAGUCGGAAACGACCACAAAGCUCAGCUACGGUCCGAUCUGCCCACCGCCCAAGGAAGACGUGCCGUGGGCGCGGCGCGCCUGCUACCAGCCGCCCGACGUGCCGAUGGACAACGAGACGACGUACAAGAAGAGCUUCAUGCCGGGCUGCGCGAACGAGCGGGCCAAAAUGGUGCUGCCGUACAACAACCUUUCCGUACCUGCCGGUUCGGGUUUCGAAUCGAAGACAGUCUACAAGGAGAGCUACCACAGUGCCACGUGCGGCGAGCGGCCGCCCGCGAUACGCCCCGUCGCCAAUCUCCGCGUGGCCGAGCAGCGACUAGACGACGACACCGUGUACAAGACAUCCUUUGCCACCCACUGCCAUGCGGAACGGCCGGCACCGAUCCGUCCCCGUCCCGCACCGCUGAUCGGCGACGGGCCCAUGCAGGAGGUGACCACGCAGCGGCACGACUUUGUCUGCAAAGGGCAAGCGAAGCGGGACCCGAUCGUGCCGCAAGGAUCGCUCAAGAUGCCAACGGGACGGGUGGAAAGUGCCACCGUCAACCGAUUAUCCUACCCGGCCAACAAGGAAAACAUUGUGCCGACGAAAUCGUGCAAACCCAUCCUGGUCUACAAACGUCCGGAGGAACCGAUGGAGAGUGAUACGACACAGAAGCUAAGCUACAUGCCCGUCUGUCUGCCGCAGAAAGAGCACUACCCGUGGGCGCAGCGAGCCCGCUACCAGCCACCGAACCUGCCGAUGGACUCGGACACGGUGCAGAAGCUGAGCUACGCGCCACCCGGGCAGUACAUCGAGGAGCCGUGCGCCAGUGGGGCGGUCUGCUGCCAAUCGUGCAGUCCGGCCGCGGUCAACUGCUGCGCAAACGUGGACACGGCGUGCAGCGGUGUCAGUUACCCGCGCGCAGCUAUUGUGAAGUAGCUUCAGCUGCGCAUGGUGUGAUCGAAUCGGAUCGGUGUCUUGCGUCGUGCUUUGCGUCGGAGAGCUUGCAAGUCAAAUCCUAACGGUUUUAUAUUUGCGUUUACCUUUGUGCUGAUAAGUUGAAAACAGAAAAUCCUGUAGAGUAUUGCCCCAUUUACCCUCCUUUCCUUUUUAUGGCUGACGAAACAUAAAAAAUAUAUAUCAUA